AUGUUGUGCAACACUAGAUCCACCUUGGCGUUGUCCUUUUGGCUGCUGUGCGCGUUGGCAACGGCGAAAAAGCCGAAUCGCAAUGCCCCACACGCGCAUUCCGGCCUGUUGAAAGCGCACCAGCCCGGUCCCUUUCCCAUUGUCUUGUCGAAUGCCGACGAAGCGGAACUGAAUCGCGGGAACUCCGUCAUGAAGCAGACCAUGCCGGCUGCCGGAGAAGAAGCCGGGACCGUUCUCUGUGUGCAGGAUAUUGAUGCUCCCAUGCCGGCAGUUUGGAACCAGAUUCUCGAUCUGGGCGCCUACAAGGGAAAGGUGCCCAAAGUCAGCGCUUGCGAUAACUACAUAUGCCAAAAGAACCACGAUGGAACUUUUACCGUCAAGACACGUAUGGUCCUCGGAGUCAUGCCGGGUUAUUCGUACGAAAACUACUAUAACCAUCGGUAUUUGCCAGAAGAUUCCUCUAUGGUUUGGUCUCUGGAUUACGAGAAGACUUCGGAUUUUGACGACGUUGCCGGACACUGGCACGUCGCGGAGCACCCUUCCAAACCCUCUCACACGCGGGUCUUCUACUCCUGCGACGUCCAAAUGAAAGGCAACCUACCCAAACCAAUUAUCAACUACAUUGGUAAAGCGGCACUGAAACAGGCCACGUCGUGGGUUAAAAAAGAAGCUGAGCAAAACCAAAAGGCGACGCCGCCAGCACCCUUUGACGAGUGCUUUAGUGCAGGGGGCGACGACAAGGAAAACGCAGCACCAGCAGGUAUUGGCAAAGGCAUCAGAAAGCCAGCCUUUUUUGGCAGUCGGAAAUAG